GCUGUGGGCUCGGUGUGGUGCGAGGGAGGGGAGGAAGCCGAGGCAGACUACAGGAGUAGUGAGGCGGGGGAUGUCCGCCGCCUGGUCGCCCGCUAGUGCUUUGCGCACUCGCCGUGGCCUUCUCAUUUUCAUGAAUUAGCCCUGCGGGGUGCGGACUGAGGGCAGGAGCGAGCACCUCAGUGUAACCGGCGCCCCAGGCAUGGCCAGCUCGUGUGCCGUCCAGGUGAAGCUGGAGUUGGGGCACCGAGCCCAGGUCAGGAAGAAACCCACCGUGGAGGGCUUCACCCACGACUGGAUGGUAUUUGUCAGAGGGCCCGAACACAGCAACAUUCAGCACUUUGUGGAGAAAGUCGUCUUUCACUUGCACGAGAGCUUCCCUAGGCCGAAAAGAGUGUGCAAGGAUCCACCCUACAAAGUGGAAGAAUCUGGGUAUGCUGGUUUCAUUUUGCCAAUUGAGGUUUACUUCAAAAACAAGGAAGAGCCUAAGAAAGUUCGGUUUGACUAUGACUUAUUCCUGCACCUUGAAGGCCACCCACCUGUAAAUCACCUCCGCUGUGAAAAGCUCACAUUCAACAACCCGACAGAGGAAUUCAGAAGAAAGCUGCUAAAAGCAGGAGGGAUCAUGGUAAUGUCAGAUGGCACAUCAUUCUCAGGACAGAGCCUCCAUCUCCCCAGUCUUUCCAGUAAUUCCCUGUCUUUUCCUGAUACAAAGAAGAAAUCAUCUCAUGGGCCAAAGGACCCAACUAGGAUUCUGAACACACAUAGCAGCAGCAGCAGUAGUAACACUUGUUCAAAGACUCACAAAUUAACUAAGGAGCACAAGGAAAAAACUUCUAAAGACUCAAAAGAACAUAAAAGUGCCUUCAAAGAUCCUUCCAGGGAACACAGCAAAUUUUCCAAAGAAUCCUCUAAGAAACCCAAAGAAAACAAACCACUAAAAGAUGAAAAAAUAGUUCCUAAAAUGGCCUUCAAGGAACCAAAACCUAUGUCUAAGGAGCUGAAAUCUGAAAAUGCUGCCAUCCUUACCAUAGCAUGUGGGCAGCAGCAUGAAAAGAAGACUCCCACCAAAAGGUCCUCUGUUCUAGAUUCUGAUGAACCUUCUGUCAAAAAAAGGAAAAAAAGUGGCUCAGAAGCAUUGUUCAAAAGCUUUUCUAGUGCCCCACCGCUGGUACUUACUUGUUCAACUGACAGAAAACAAACAAAGGAUAAAUCUCAACUUAAGGUGGGGAAAGUCAAAAUUGAAAGUGAUGCUCUGGAAAGGAAGACACCUACAUUGCCACCAUUUGAUGAUAUUGUGGAUCCAAAUGAUUCUGACACAGAGGAAAACAUGUCCUCCAAAUCUGACUCUGAACAGCCCAGCCCUGCCAGUUCCAGCUCCAGUUCCAGUUCCAGUUUUGCGCCAUCUCAAAACAGCAGACAACAAGGUCCAUUGAGAUCUAUAAUGAAAGAUCUACAUUCAGAUGAUAAUGAAGAUGAAUCAGAUGAAGCAGAGGAGAAUGACAAUGAUUCAGAGUUAGAACGACCUGUAAAUACACGAGGAGGAAGCAAGAAUUGCAAGGUUAGUCUGAGCGAUGGCAGUGACAGUGAAAGCAGUUCAGCUUCCUCACCACUACAUCAUGAGCCAGCACCACCUUUACUGAAAACCAACAACCAGGUUUUAGAAGUGAAAAGUCCAAUGAAGCAAAACAAAUCUGAGAAACAGAUAAAGAAUGGGGAUUGUGAUAAGGCAUAUCUUGAUGAACUAGUAGAGCUCCACAGAAGACUAAUGUCAUUGAGAGAGCGACAUGUACUGCAGCAGAUAGUAAAUCUUAUAGAAGAAACUGGACACUUUCAUAUCACAAAUACAACCUUUGACUUUGAUCUUUGUUCAUUGGACAAGACCACAGUACGUAAACUACAAAGUUAUCUGGAAACAUCUGGAACCUCAUGAGGAUUCAGCAUCUGGCGGCAUCAGAAACUGUUCUUUAAAUGAAGGAUUCAGCAUGAUGCAACCAAAAUGGGAGGAAAAAAGAAAACAACCCUCUUCAGCUUUAUUCUUCCUUAAAGCCAGUCAUCAACUCUUGAUAAGGGAGAGGAAAAGUGAGAAGACUCAGAUGAUAGCACUUCUCAAGAAGAAAAUGCUGUGGAAGAAUUUGCCUGGAUAACCUUGAAAAACAAACACACAAACAGAAAAACUUGGUCUUAAUGAAUGUGUAUGGUGGCAUGUAUCUCUCUGUGGUGUUCCAGUCCACAAGAGGAAUGCAUGUUCAGCACACUGCCUUAUUACAUAACUGAUCUAUUUAUUAUUCCAUACAUGUAUUCUAAAGUCAAUGUGUCAUUGAGUGACACCACCAGAUGUUGCAAGUUGUGGGGGGUCCUCUGUGUGCUCUUCUGAUGCAGUACUGUCACAAGCCUAGUAACCUUAUUCAUGUUAAAAUGCCUCUUCUUGCCAUCUUUCUCUAGUCACUUAAAACACUGCAGUCUUGUUUUCACUUCUGGGGUUCCAGGAAACAAGACACAAAGUUGGGGAUCAAACAGUGGCUGUAUAAUUUUGUUUCUCAUCUGCCACAGUGGGUUGGACCGCAGGUCCUUGAUUCUAUCCAUUUACUGAUCUUGACCAUCAUAGAAAAAGCACCAAAUAGGAUCACUUGACUUGCUGUCUAACCUUAGUGAAUAAGCCAGUAAGACUUUUAACAAAAAAUGUUAUGUAUACUGUCCUGAUUCCAGCAUCUUUUGCAGUCUGCAUUUCUUGUGUCUGUUAUAAUAUGAAAUUAGAAGUGUUCUGCAGGAUUGUCAUAAAAUAAGAAGUACUGGUCCUGUCUUCUAAGGAAACGUUGUAGAAAAUUCUUAUUUUGGGGCUAUUUAUUACUACAGGUUUCAACACUCCUCUGCUGCCAGUGUGUGACUCACUUUAACCAUUGCAAAACACUUUUGUUUGUUUGUAUAGUACAUAGUUUGCUUAGAAUAUUUUGGGGUUUUGUUUCUGGUUUUGUGGGUUUUUUUUACAACUGUUAAGUUAAAGCCCCUUAUUUGAAAUGAAAAAAACCAAACCAACAAACAACAAAACAAAAAAAACCAACAAACCAUGUUGGAAUAAAUACAUACAUGGUACAUCGUGUAUAUGUGUGUGGGUAUAUAUACAUGCACCUGUAUAUAUACAUAUACACACAUGCAUAUAUGCUUCUUUAUGCUUCCCAGAUAUUGGUAUCUGUUCAGUAUCCUGCUUGUGUUUCCAGAAGGAUUUCUGGUCUAUAAAAAUGAAUAUUCUUCCAUACCAUCUGUUAUUCCUUAAAAUCAUGAUCCUUGUUUACGCACGGUCAAAUGAGAGCUACUCAGUUUCACAUCAAAGCUGUAUGCUCUUGUAUUGCUGAUGGUUUCUAGAUUAAAUCAUCCCCUCCUGUAAGAAUUUCAAAUCCCCCAAUGAAAGGAGAAAAAUGUUGAAAAAUACUUCUGGAUUCAAAGAUUUAUUCAGGUUUAACAGCCUUAAAAACAUGUAUCUUAUUUCUGGGCAGGCCAAGAUGUCAUAUGUAUGCUAUAUGCCACAUGCAGUCUGUAUGUGUAGAGCUGAACAGUACUAUCUGUAUGACUUACUGUUCCAUGCACCCAGUUUGUGCAGCACUGUGAAGCUAUAUUCCUGUUUGGGUUAUUUCUUACUCAAAUGGUAAAUUUUAACACUAUUCCUUUAAGUCCAAAGACCUUUUUUUUAGAGGAUGUGGUAUGGAUUGUGUUGAGGGGCUUUUUUCUAACUUAAAAUGUGUUUGACCAGACUCCACAGGAAGUCCUUCUCAGGCUUCCCACGAAUAAGUGUACUUUUCAGUAAUGUUAUGACUCUUAUUGAUGAUUGGCAUGAAGCAUACUUGAAGCAUUUUGUUGUUGUUUUAAGUCCAUGUCUUAAUGUGCAAUUCAGGAGCAAUGGGGAGGAGCAGAAGUGUAAUUUUGAAGUUACUUCUGACAUAAGACAAGUGAUGGUGAGGAGUGUGCAUGUGAAGGGGAUAAAAUUCUUUUUUUUUUUUUAUUCAUUAUUUUAUAUGAAAAUGUUUGGAAAUUUAAAAGCAAACUUAAAAAAAUUUGGUCUUCUA